GCACCCAAGUAUAAUUUAUAAAAACACUUGUACCAUAGAACUAGGACCCAUGCUUGUACACAUACACGUCACAGUACUGUUCACUUCCAGUUUGCAAGAGGCUUCAUAUAUAGGUCUUCAGUAUUUGUGACUAGUGUUUCCCAGCUUGUGCAAAAUGUCAGAGCUACGUCAGGCGAUCGACAAACAGAAUGCUGAAUUUGAGAAACACUUUGCAGCCAACGACAUGGAGGCUUUGAAGAAACUGUACACGGAUGACUGCCGUCUCAUGCCACAUGGCAAGGACACCCAGAUUGGGAGCCAGUCCAUUCCCGAGAUAUUUGGCGAAGUCAUUAAGGCCGGAGGCACGUCCCUGAGUCUGGUAGCCGACGAAGUCGGGCCGCUCGGACCGGUAGGAACUGGUGACAUGGUCUUCGAGAGAGGUCAUUACAAGUUCAGCAAGCCUGAUGGUUCGGCUUUUGCAGUGGGAAAGCACGUGGUCAUCUGGAAAAAGACCAGCGAGGGAUACAAGUUGUACAUUGACAUCUUCAACGACAACUAAGACUCUUGUAUUCGUGAUUGAUAAGUUCUAGACUAAUGAAGUAAAAUUUCAAUCCGGCUAAUCAGAAGUCUAUACAGGUAACUGGGUAGGAUUUGUUUAAGUCCUUUACAGUGUUGCCUUGUAAGCAAACAACAGAUCCCGAAACUUUGGUGAAUGAUUAAAACCUUCCAAGCACUUCGCUUGAUUUGAGCGGUGGAACACUUCAAAAAUAAGCGUGCAAAAAUGGCCACACUUAUAAAAACUAGCAGAGGUUUUAAAAAUUGGUAAAUAAUUGACUAUACGUUUUCGAAGUGGUUAAUUACAUCAACACUAUGUCGAAAUGAAUGAGAGUCAUUUUGUUUGUUGCCACACAUUGAUUGGUAUGCAUUGCACAUUAUUAUAAUAUUUUCGACCUAAGAGGCUAAAUGCGAUUUUGCAGUCCUAAGUAUUGAUUUGAAAUAUAGUAGCCACUUUUGUCUUCGUUAAUAAAUAACGAAUUAAAAAGAACGGUUGAAAUGUAAGUUUAAGCAAU